ACAGUGUGUCCCCCGCAGCCCGUUUCACCAGCCGUCCUGUAUUGCAGGAGGCCGGCAUCUUCACUAUGGGCCCCCGGCUGUGAUAGCUUGCAGCUUCACAGCCGGGUACCCACUGUGCAUGCGCAAGUAGCGCUGCGCUUCAUGAAUGGUCCUGUAGUCUUCUGGGACCUGUCACAUGUCCCAAAAGACUACAGGGAGGGAGGACACCUUCCGCUUCCGAUCGCCUAGGCCAAGGGCCCUGGAAGUGGGAGCAGGUGACUGUCAAAUUUGGGUAAGGUA